GACAAAAAAACCUAACUUCGCAUCAACACCAAUGUAGUCUAAACUGGCAGUGACUAACAAAAGAGAUCUUGGAUUAGUUCACUGAUAACGUCACCUCAGCACGUAGCAGUUGUGGAAAAGCCAAAUUCCAUGGAGAGCCAUCCUGUUGAUUGCUAGGCGGCUACUGCUAUAUACGCAUAGGGUGAUGCAUGUGGUAAGUGCAUUUUAACACGGGGCAAGUAAAUGAAACACACAAGUAAGUACCUACCCCAUGGCCUAGGUUGCACACAAAUCAGGCUUUAUGAUCAAUCAUGUGGAAGAGAAUAACUAGCUCUGAGUGUUCCAGCUCUGUUUUAGAAUACUUUUAAGGUGGCCAUGUGAGCUCUCCAGGCAGUGUCAGUUCCAGGUUUUGGAGAACCCUUAGGCAAGACACCCUCAGUCGCUCCUCUCCCUUAGUGAGUCUAUCAUUUUAAGAUGACUAUCAGCACCUGCUGUUGCUCCUCCUUUUUCUCAUCGUUGCUAUCAUUGGCUUCCCUGUCAGGCAGAGAGUCAGACAGCAAGUUUGCAGUUUCAUCUACUGCUCUUCCUCCUCACUACCACCGUUGUCUGAGUCAGAGCAAGAGGCAGGUGAAAAAGCAGGUUGCAACAGUGAAGAGAGGGAGCAAGUCCAGGGGGGCUCUUAUCAUUGGUCCCUGCUGGGCUGUAAGCCUUUGGCAGGUGCCUGUCCAAGACUCCUCUUGACAAAAGCCCUGUAGGGCUAAGUGCAUUAUUGAAUCUCAGUGUAGAUGCAUAUGGCACACCCAGAGCAUAGGCUCACCAUCUGCCUCUUGCUUCUGAUACAAGUGGUUUAGAAACUUUUCAGGUGGAACAGCAGCAAUAUUUGCAAGACUUGUUGGGACUAUAUAUGGAUCUGUUGUAUGACAAAUGUAAAGUUUCAGUUAGUUGCUUUACAUCAGGGGUGCAGAACCUUAGAGCCUGGCCCCAAAUCUGGCCUUCCAGGGGGUCCCACUCUGACCCUUUGGGAGUCUCUAGGUGGUCACAACACAUUCCCUUGUCCCCUUUCUCCUAACCACCCGUCAUUGGGUAGUUUCCCAGCUUUUGUGGAGUGAUGUUUCCAUUCUGAAAGAUUGAAAUGCCUCCCCCAAGGGUGCCAGUAAGAGCUUUAAGUUAAAAUAAGGUGGUGUUUUGGCUCCCCCUUUUUUGCCUUUGGUCCCACUUCUUUUGCCUUCAGCCACACCCACCAUUGGAAUGCCGCUCCUGAAAGCUUCUCCAAAAUGGAAUUCGGCCAUCAGGCUGAAAGAGGUUCUGUAUCCCUGUUGUCCAUCUUUGUGGUUCGUAUGUGUGUAUCUUCCCCCCCCAACCUGCCCACACAUAUUCCCUUAUUCACAAAUUGCUUCACUCCUUCUACCCACCCAAAAUAUCUCUUUCGUUCGUGUGCUUUCUAAGGCUUGCCAUUGGAAACAUGCUUAUUUAACUUUUUUUCUGUUCACUUCUUAUUUUGCAGGAUAUGUGAAAAAAAUCCUUAGGACUGUUGAAAAUGUAACAAGUGACAUGAUAAUUUAGCCAAUGCCUCAGAGUGAUGGAGUACCAGAAGAUUGGAAAUGGUUUGCAAGUGACUGGUAUAGGGGCAUCUGCACUCCACAUGGUGGGGUAUUUGGGAAAAGGCUCUAAUUCUGCUGAAGUAGCUCCAAAUGAAUGCUGCCCAGCUUGCAAAAAGAAAGGUCUAAUAAAAGCAUUACGAACAUAUCGCAUAAAUUUUGAAGAAUCUAUUUUUCUGUGUGAAAAUCCCCAGUGCAUCUACCCUCUCGGAUUUGAACCACUAAGCAACAUAAUCAUUCCCAUUGAUCCAAAAGGUUAUCCCUCACAGGGCACUUUUAAGAAAAGAAAGUUCUUUGACACAAGCCCAGUGCCUUCACCCAUUGAACCAUGCAUAAAAUUGACUAGGACCGAUAACUUGAUGGAUAUUGAGCAGACAUCCAAACCUGAUUUUGCUCCCAAGUGCAAUGAAAAUGACAUGUUUGGAACUCAGUCAGGGCAGCCUGAUUUUUCACAAGCCAGUCUGCCAAACUUGUAUAGUGCAGCUGAAUCCGUGGAACAGAAAAUGGGCUUGGAAAUGGCAGCUCAAGAAAGUUUACCAGAGAUGUCCAGUGUGCAAACACAGCCUUACUCAGAUUCUGAAAUUGGUUCAUCAGUAUCUCAAAUUCUGCAUCAAGACAAACAAUCUCUGUCGGAGCCAUUGGGACUUCAGUGGAGGAAUGCACAUGCUCUCUGCUGGUUAGAUUGUAUUAUGUCAGCACUAGUGCAUUUAGAAACACUAAAAAUGAUUCUGACUGGAUCAGAUUCAGAAAACACAUCAAUAAUCGAGACACUGUUUGCAAAAUAUAACCAAGUGACGGCACUUGUAAAUACUUGUCAAAGGGACAACUGUGUUUCAGAGGUUCCUUCGGAUGUUCUAUCAAGAGCUGAAUCUCACCUGAAUGAAGUCAGGAAUCUAAUUUUUGACCACCUUCAGCCUCACCUUAAGUGUAAAUUGGGUGAGGAGGAAAGCCCAGUGUUUGCUUUUCCUCUCCUUCUACGGAAAGAUCCAAGAAUAGAUAAACUUUUCCUCCAUGCUUUUUCGUGGAAGCUUAAAUGUUUACAGUGUGGCCACCAAGUCAGUGAGAGGUGUCAGAAGACAUUGACAACAUUUACAAAUAUAAUCCCAGAAUGGCACCCACUGAAUGCUGUUCAUAUUGCUUCCUGUAAUAACUGUAAUCACACAUCUCAAAGAAGACAAAUGGUUUUAGAAAAAAUCCCCUCAAUACUUAUGAUGCACUUUGUUGAAGGUUUGCCACAUACUGAUUUGAUGGCUUACUCAUUUCAUUUUCAAGAAGAUUCUUACCAAAUAACAAGUGUUAUUCAAUAUCAGAAGGAUGCAAAACACUUCAUAACAUGGACCUUGAAUUCAGAUGAAACAUGGCUUGAGUGUGAUGACUUAAAAGGGCCAUACUGUAGAAGGCACAAGAGCUUUGGAGUUCCUCCUGCAGAGGUUCACAUUGUCAUCUGGGAAAGAAUGCCACCACGAGAGACCAGUGAACUGGAUUUGCAGCUACGAAGUGGAGAAGCCGUGAAUGUUGCUCUUCUGAAAGCAAGGCCAAAAUCUCCAGUGAAAUCUUUGAAUGAUGAGGCUGUAGACAAUACAUCCUUCCUUUGUUACAGUGAGGAUAUGAAUGAACAUACAAAUGAGGCACAAAACCUAGAUAGCAAUUACAAAAGUAAUUUGCCUUGGGGCUUGCAAAACGUGGCUGAAGAUGAUGUUAUAACCUUGAAUCUUGUAAGUGUUCCACUUGACUCAGAAGGUAAACCACUAGAAAACUGUCAUACUGUGGAAAAUAAACUGAUAGCCCAAACAGGCACAUCACAGCUACAAGAUCCAGGUCAGAUUUAUGUGCAUCCAGUUACUUCUGGAGGAAACAUUGCUGGAAAUGAGUGCAAAUUGCUAAAAAAGACCAGUGCUUCCUUGCAUCAAGGUCAGCCAAACACAACAAAUAAUACAUUAAUUAUGCCAGCAGUUCCUCUAAGCAAUAGUAGUUAUUCGCCAGAAGCAUUACUAGUUGAAGGGGCAGAACAUGAAGUUAAUCCAGGUCUCGUUAAAGAUAGCAGCUUGCACUUAGUGAAUCACCCCCAAAAAAUUGGCAGAAAAAAUUCAGGUAAUAGUAUAAAGGAAAUGCCUACUAUUAUGGAGAGAACAGCAAUAAAUUCACAGGUCUCUGCUCCAUCCACACCAAGUAAUACCUCUCAGUCACUGUAUAAGAAUGAAAUGAAAUCUUCUGGAGCCAGUUGGGUAAAAGGCUUACUUGGAAAAUAUCCUUCUUUUAUGCCUAAAAGUAUCUCAACUUAUAAUAAAGCAGAGAGCUCUGAAAAGCCCAUUAAAAAAGAAGCUAGCUCCAAUUCUCUUGUUAAACACGCAGUCCACUUUCGUGGCUUCCAACCUAAAUGUUCAAAAAAAUCCAUCAAAAAGAUAACAUUGGAUUCUUUGCAUAAAUCUUUACCUCCGACAUCCUCUUCCACUUCUCUUUUUGAGAGCAUCCCAAUCAAAACGCCAACUACUAAUGGACGCAGAGGAGCUGUAAAUAAGAAAGCAGACUCAUUGGGUACUUUUGAUAAACAAAUUCAGCCCCAACGAAGCCACAAUGAAAAGAAAAAAACUGUAUCUUUUGAAAAUGUUGAGAAGUCAACGGUUGAUAAAGCACAUCAACUACGCCUAAAACUACUUCAACAGCUUAAAGCUAAAAAAGAGAAACUAGCUUCACUAGAUAAGCUGGCAAAGACUGAGGUGAAAAACAGAUGCUCUCCCAACAAAACCAAGAAAGACCAGUCACAGCUUGGAUCCCAGAAGGAGAAUGAAUCCCUGCAGAGCUUGUUAAAUGCACUGCAGCAUCAAAUUGAUGUUGAAGAUAGCAAAUCUGUGAAUUCUCCAAGCACCAAUAUGUCCCAGUGCAGCAGUUCAAGUUACGAUGAUAUUUUAUCUGAGUUACUGUCUCCAGCUACAACGAUUGCUUCCUUAGAAAUUCCACAAGAAGAAGAAUGUAGAUAUCUGGAAAUGGGAGGUAGCAGUCCAAAAUUUCCAGUACCUAAUGAGAAACUUAUUGGGGCCCAGGACACAGCGCAUGACCACAAUUAUCACAGUCCAAUAAAGGAAAAUGGAUAUGAGGGUCAUACAGACUUGUUAAUAAUGAAAUCACCACUGAAGAAACUCAACUUUGAAAGUUCUGCAAAACAAGAUAUUCUGGAUGAACUAUUAUCUUGUUCAAUGUUGAAUUCAAUAAUGGCUGAUACUGAUGACUUGCAUCACUUUGAUGAAACUCUAUUAACUUGGUGAAUUGUGUUCUAACAAUUUCAGAGUUUUCUCUUAGCUGUCUUUAAAGCCAACCAUAACUUAUAUUUCAAGCUAAUUUGCACAUGGUUCAACUUGGAAUAUUUAAAAUGUUUUUUUUACGGUGAUGAGAUUUUUUUGUUCUUGCUUAAUAAAUUGGAUUUGUGUUUUUCUCUAAACAA